GUGGCUAAUAGUUUCCAAACAUGCCCUCCAUACGAUUACGUGCCCGUAAGUGUUGUGUUUAAAUAGCUCUAAAUGUUCACAUUGUGCGUGCGAUACAGGCGUCGUUAGAAUGUCCAAACGAAUGGGACAUUUUCAAUUGAAGCAACCGCUGGCUUCUAAAAAACCGAAAUUAGACAUUGAAAUCGUGCCAAGUCAACAGUACAAUCCGCAACCAUCAACUUCGAAUGGAAAUUGGAAACCAAAAGGUAUAAUCUCUUCCAACAAUGCCGCGAAAAUGGACGCGCUCUGGGGCGAUGAGGAUGACGAAUUCAUUGUCCUUGCCUCCCAGGCGGUGGAAGAGAUGUCCCAGCAAAGCCAAGCGUUCAGUACCUCCGGUGUGGCUGAUAUGACCUUCGGAAAGUUCAGCCGGAACGUUCAAACAAGCACGCAGGCAAUAGUUCGCUCCUCGUCUACCGUCUCUAAACCGCCGACGCUGGCCACGGACAAACAGGUCGCCGAACUGUUUGCCGACGGUGAGGAUGAUAUAUUCACCGAAAAGUUUGAUGACAACUAUGAGAACAUAGAAAACAAGCUUGAUAAUUACUUCGACAAUGAGUUCGAUGAUGAUUUCAACUUGGACGAGUUCCGCCAGGAGGGACAAAAACCGCUGGUCAGUGGGCGUAUCGAGCCACCCAAGCCGCCGGAACCGGAGCCCGAGUUUAAGGUUCCAAUGCCUUUUUCCCAGACGAGUACGAGCACCGCAAUCAUUGCACAGUCUGUAAAUGUUGUGAGGACAACAAGCACAGUAGGCGCUUUCACCCCCAAAGCCCCAUCAGUCAAUCAAUCAGUAAAGCUUUCAGCGACCACUAGUUGGCAGGAAGUGAGUCGAGCUGAUGAGCAGACGGCUAAAGAGAACGCCAUUAAAAAGCAGGAGCACGCGAAGGAUAUUCAGAUAAAAUUCUUCACCAAACGGCUGGAGCAAUGCGAGAAAAAGUUGGAAACUAUGCAAAGGGAGCACAACGAAGCCCUCGAAAAGGUAAAAAUAAAAGACGGCGAAGUGUCGACGUUACGGUACAGGCUUAAAACGGUAAACGAUACGGUCGAGAAUCAGCGCAAGGAGAAACUUCGCGAGACGGAAACGAUCCAGAAGGAAUGGGUCGAGAAGCAGAAGGAGCUGGAAAAGAUUAUUGCAGCGCAAACAGCGGAGCUAAGCUUUAAAGAGAUGGAGCUAAUGGACUUGAGGAUGAAACGUUUGAACAACUCGAGGCGUGCCGCCGAAGUGCGAGAAAAUCAAACGGAAGGACCACGGAUGGAGUGUGUGACGGAGGACAGCUUUGUCCUGUGUAACGUACUUUCGCAGCUUUCCGUUACGGAAACCCAGGAACCACUCACGCUGGAUCCAGAGGUGUUUUCCAUUUCCACCGAAAGUGUUGCACGGCACGGUGUGGCAAAUCAAAAGUUUUACCAUUGUUCCCGUGGUGACGCCAUCAUUGAACAACAGCUGGUCACCCUGCAGAUCUGUCUGUCGCAGCUUGUUAGCCGUGUGGAUGGGAAACGUUCCGUUCAGCUCCCGAUGGCGAUGCUACCGGUGGUGGCAGAAGCGAUCAUAAAAGGGCUCGCUGAAGUUACCCAAUACUGUCAGCGUUUGGUACCGGGGCAAGCAAAGGAUAACAUCGUGGGACGUCCUGUGGACGUCGGACAGGGUCGUCUGCAAAAAGGGCGCAUGGAUCUGGUACGGUCGAUGAGUGUUUUCCAGCGGGAUGAACUAUAUCCCGGCGAACAGAAGCGGAUUAUUCGUCGCUUUUUAGCCGUGCUGGGGCUAUUUUGUAGGAUAUCAAGUGACUUGAUGGACGAGACGCUUCUGAAGGAGCGACAGAUAAGCUUGCUAGCGAGGAAUAUUAAGCUUGUCAGCAACGUUAGUGCCCUUCAUGCACACCACGGGAUGGUUACGGGAGCAGCCGCCCUCCUGAAGGGUUUGUCCUUCCAUCUCCAUCGGAUAACGUCGGGGUUCACCGAAAACGGUUUGCAACUGAUCGCCCUCUUCCGUUCCAUCGUUCUGUGCCAAAUCUCGGCCCCUUCGGCGAUGCUCGAACUGUCCGAGUUCCUGCGACGGCUUUCCUACCGAAGGGACGAUGCUGCCGUGCUUGCGCUGAUCAAUCAACUUUGUCGCAGCCAUCACCCGACGGGAAAUGGGCGACCGAAGGAGAAAUAUCGAAUGAAAACGAUCAGUUUUUCGGAGGAAACUUGUACUCUGCAAAUGUACGCCACUUUGCUGCAGUCGUCCGUUAGGGAGGAGGUUCCGUGCGAGGCGUGGCAGUUCGGGCUGCUACUGGCGAACUUAGAGAACACGAUCUGCUUCCUCCGCAACUCGCUUGUUCCCAUUCCAGUGGAGUGGGUGAAGAAUUUCAUCGUGGGUAAGAGUUCGCGUGAGUGUAACCUGUGCCACAUCAGAAUGGUUUCGGCGUUUUUGGUGCUGCUGUACCGGGUGUUACAAUGUUGGCAUCAACGAACGGUGGUGGAGGAAAGAGAACUCCACAAGCUGUACAGCAUUGCCCGGAAAGGGACACUUUUACUGUAUGACCUCUUCGGGACGGCAUACUGUAGUAAAUUGCUUCUUUUAGGCGGGGAUGCCGUCAAAUAUCGUCUCCGGAUAAUCUACGACUGGUUGCGGAAAUAUCAGAAAAUGUUCCAGUUUCAGGCUGCACAUGUGAAAGCUCUCGAUAGGUUAGACUUGCGGCUCUUGAUGAACGACCCACUGAAGUCAAACCACGAGCCCGACGAUAGCAAAGAUAAAACGGAAUCAACAGCUACUGGCACGAGUACUGUCGAGAAUGGCCGGAGUGACAUUGUUAAACAGCUGUUUACGGGUUUCUUUGAGAAUAAACGCUGCCUUCAGGGAUAAGGGGUGAUGUUGAUACUAGGCGAGUCAUGUUUAUCCUUUAACAUAAAGAUGACCAAAGAAGCGGGGUUCGUUUGUCCAGUGUGGAAAUUUUGAAACAGUUUAUUUCUGACAGACUGCCAUCUGGAUUACCAAUUAUAAAAUAUAUUUAUAUACACGAGAAUAAAACCGACCUCCCGCAAUCGAAAGCUGAUAUUCCAUUCCAAGCAACCGUUUCCGUCAGCCCCGUUGCCACUACGAAGUGGUGCUCAUACUCGACGGUAUGGCUGCCUUUGCGUCCUGUACCUGCCCUUAACGCAUCUGCGUGAAUCUCGAUGUACAAUCUUUAUGCGUGCUUGUGGUGUUUGAACAAACACGUUAUCGCUACAAACUACGAAAUAUAUAAUUGAUUAACAGUGAAGAUUUUAGACCAAGGUGCAGUUUCAAGAGCACAGUGUUGGUGCAAGCUUCCGCUUCCUUCUUUUCCAAAGCCACGAAUCAUAGAAUCCAGUGCAUUCUCGACCGAGAAUAGAUAGUAGACAUUGGUAACGUACUCUCGAAACAAAAUGGAUGAGGUUAGUGUACGUGGAAGAAAAUGGAAAUCUUUGCUACAUUGGUUAGA